AGCACGCGGCUUUACAGUAUUUGCGUCACGCCUCCUCUGUGUCAGCCAAUCGCUGCAGCCGGAGCCGCUGUACCAUAUAAAGGUUCUGAGUUCGGGCUCAGGUAGGAGAGGAGCUUCAGAACGUUACCAGGACUAAUCCCCCGGCGGAGGCAUGGAGACCAACGGCACGGCUGACAUCCUGUCCUCGGCGUACCUGGCCGCGGGGUUGGUGGACUCGCUCCUGCCGCAGAACCCCCUGCAGGAGCCCCUGAGGCACGCCUGGAACCACAUGCUGCAGAGCUACAGCAAGUUCCAGAUCGCCACGUGGGGCUCGCUCCUCGUCCACGAGCUGGUCUACUUCCUGUUCUGUCUGCCCGGCUUUCUGUUUCAGUUCGUGCCCUUCAUGCGGCGCUACAAGAUCCAGCAGGAUAAACCGGAGACGUGGGAGAAGCAGUGGCAGUGCUUCAAGAUGCUCCUCUUCAAUCAUUUCUGCAUCCAGCUGCCUCUCAUCUGCGGCACGUAUUACUUCACCGAGUUCUUCGGCGUCCCCUACGACUGGGACUCCAUGCCCCGCUGGCCGUUUCUGCUAGCUCAGUGUUUGGGCUGCGCGGUGAUCGAGGACACGUGGCACUACUUCCUGCACCGCGCUCUGCACCACCGCUGGAUCUAUAAAUACAUCCACAAGGUCCACCACGAGUUCACCGCCCCGUUCGGGAUGCAGGCCGAGUACGCCCACCCGCUGGAGACCCUGAUCCUGGGCGCCGGCUUCUUCAUCGGCAUCAUGGUCUUCUGCAACCACGUGUCGCUCCUCUGGGCCUGGGUCACCAUCCGCCUGCUGGAGACCAUCGACGUCCACAGCGGCUACGACGUCCCGUUCAACCCGCUCCACCUCGUCCCGUUCUACGCCGGCACGCGCUUCCACGACUUCCACCACAUGAACUUCGUGGGGAACUACGGCUCCACCUUCACCUGGUGGGACCGACUGUUCAGCACCGACGCCCAGUUCCACAGCUUCAGGGUCAGACAGACGUCCAGGAAAGAGCAGUGACCACCAGAAACAACAAACCACAGACUGUACCUGCGUUAUAGCGUAGUGUGCCUCACACACACACACACACACAUAAAUAAAAGCACUUUGGAUUUUCUUUA